CGGGAAGUAAGGGCCCAGGAGGGCGGCCGGAGCUUCCGGGUGGGUCGCGCGCCUUCCCGUGGCCAAGAUGGCGACCGAGCAUCCGGAGGCGCCCAAGGGGGAAUUGCAGCUACCGCCGCCGCCACCUCCAGGGCACUACGGCGCCUGGGCGGCCCAGGAGCUGCAGGCCAAGCUGGCAGAGAUAGGAGCUCCGAUCCAGGGGAGUCGCGAGGAGCUGGUGGAGCGGCUGCAGACCUAUACCCGCCAGACUGGCAUUGUGCUGAAUCGGCCGGUGUUGAGAGGGGAAGAUGGGGACAAGGCCGCACCCCCGCCCAUGUCAGCACAGCUCUCCGGGAUUCCCAUGCCGCCCCCACCCAUGGGGCUCCCUCCUCUGCAGCCUCCUCCGCCACCCCCGCCUCCUCCGCCGGGCCUCAGCCUUGGCUUUCCUAUGGCCCACCCGGCCAGUCUGGGGCCCCCGCCCCCUCUCCGUGUGGGUGAGCCGGUGGCCCUGUCAGAAGAGGAGCGGCUCAAGUUGGCGCAGCAGCAGGCCGCGUUGCUGAUGCAGCAAGAGGAACGCGCCAAGCAGGCAGCCGUGUUACUGGAGCAAGAACGGCAGCAGGAAAUUGCCAAGAUGGGUACCCCAGUCCCUCGGCCCCCGCAAGACAUGGCCCAGAUGGCCGUCCGCACCCCUCUGGGUCCUCGAGUUGCGGCCCCAGUGGGCACAGUGGGUCCCACGCCCACUGUGUUGCCCAUGGGGGCCCCUGUUCCUCGGCCUCGGGGCCCCCCGCCACCGCCUGGAGACGAGAACCGAGAGAUGGAUGACCCCUCUGUGGGUCCCAAGAUUCCCCAGGCCUUGGAGAAGAUCCUGCAGCUGAAGGAGAGCCGUCAGGAGGAGAUGAACGCCCAGCAGGAGGAAGAGGAGAUGGAGACAGACACCCGCUCAUCUCUGGGCCACUCGGCCUCCGAGACUGAGGAGGACACAGUGUCCGUGUCCAAGAAGGAGAAAAACCGGAAGCGCCGGAACCGAAAGAAGAAGAAAAAGCCGCAGCGGGUGCGGGCAGCGCCCUCAGAAAGCUCCGGGGACCGGGAGAAGGACGGGAAGGACGCCAAGGACGGGAAGGACGCCAGGGACUCGGGCCGGGCCCGUGGCUCCGACUCGCCGGCCGCUGACGUGGAGAUCGAGUACGUGACGGAGGAGCCUGAGAUUUAUGAGCCAAACUUCAUUUUCUUCAAGAGGAUCUUUGAGGCUUUCAAGCUGACGGACGACGUGAAGAAGGAGAAGGACAAGGAGCCGGAGAAGCAGGACAAGCUGGAGAACUCAACCGCCCCGAAGAAGAAGGGCUUCGAGGAGGAGCACAAGGACAGUGACGAUGACAGCAGCGAUGACGAGCAGGAGAAGAAGCCGGAAGCCCCCAAGCUCUCCAAGAAAAAGCUGCGGCGGAUGAAUCGCUUCACUGUGGCUGAACUCAAACAGCUGGUGGCUCGGCCUGAUGUUGUGGAGAUGCAUGACGUGACGGCACAGGACCCCAAGCUCUUGGUUCACCUGAAGGCCACGCGGAACUCUGUGCCAGUGCCACGGCACUGGUGUUUCAAGCGCAAGUACCUGCAGGGCAAGCGGGGCAUCGAGAAGCCCCCCUUUGAGCUGCCAGACUUCAUCAAGCGCACAGGCAUUCAGGAGAUGCGGGAGGCCCUCCAGGAGAAGGAAGAACAGAAGACCAUGAAGUCAAAAAUGCGGGAGAAGGUUCGGCCCAAGAUGGGCAAAAUUGACAUCGACUACCAGAAGUUGCAUGAUGCGUUCUUCAAGUGGCAGACCAAGCCCAAACUGACCAUCCACGGGGACCUGUACUACGAGGGGAAGGAGUUUGAGACACGACUCAAGGAGAAGAAGCCUGGGGACCUGUCUGAUGAGCUCAGGAUCUCCCUGGGCAUGCCGGUUGGCCCGAAUGCCCACAAGGUCCCACCCCCAUGGCUGAUUGCCAUGCAGAGAUAUGGACCACCCCCGUCGUACCCCAACCUGAAAAUCCCCGGUCUGAACUCGCCCAUCCCCGAGAGCUGCUCCUUUGGGUACCACGCUGGUGGCUGGGGCAAGCCCCCCGUGGACGAGACCGGGAAGCCGCUCUACGGAGAUGUGUUUGGAACCAACGCUGCUGAGUUUCAGACCAAAACUGAGGAAGAAGAAAUUGACCGGACCCCUUGGGGGGAACUGGAGCCAUCUGAUGAAGAGUCCUCAGAGGAAGAGGAAGAGGAGGAAAGUGAUGAAGACAAACCUGACGAGACUGGCUUCAUUACCCCUGCGGACAGUGGCCUCAUCACCCCUGGAGGGUUCUCCUCUGUGCCCGCUGGAAUGGAGACCCCAGAACUCAUUGAACUGAGGAAGAAGAAAAUCGAGGAGGCGAUGGAUGGGAGUGAAACCCCUCAGCUGUUCACCGUGUUGCCGGAGAAGAGGACAGCCAGUGUUGGCGGGGCCAUGAUGGGGUCCACCCACAUUUACGACAUGUCCACGGUGAUGAGCCGGAAGGGCCCGGCCCCAGAGCUGCAGGGAGUGGAGGUGGCCCUGGCGCCCGAGGAGCUGGAGUUGGACCCCAUGGCCAUGACGCAGAAGUAUGAGGAGCACGUGCGGGAGCAGCAGGCCCAAGUGGAGAAGGAGGACUUCAGCGACAUGGUGGCCGAGCAUGCUGCGAAGCAGAAGCAAAAGAAGCGGAAAGCUCAGCCCCAGGACAGCCGCGGGGGCAGCAAGAAAUACAAGGAGUUCAAGUUCUAGGCACCCAUCCAUACUCGGCCCCUGUCCUGGAUACCUGGGCUUUCUACGCAGUCCCUGAGAGCCAGUUCUCCUGCAGUCCCCAAGGGCUUAUCACUUCAUGUUCCUAUUUUAGACCUGUUUUGUAAAUAAAGCUGUUUCCCAAGGAAA